CCCAGUCCCGCCUCCCUGCCUCAUCCGGCGCGGACGCCAUGGUGCGGUUCAAGCACAGGUACCUUCUGUGCGAGCUGGUGUCGGAGGACGCGCGCUGCCGCCUGAGCCUGGACGACCGCGUGCUUGGCGGCCUCGUCCGCGACACGAUCGCCCGGGUGCACGGGACCUUCGGCGCAGCCGCCUGUUCGGUGGGCUUUGCAGUUCGAUACCUCAAUGCCUACACUGGAGUAGUGCUACUGCGAUGCCGAAAGGAUUUCUACCAGCUUGUGUGGUCAGCUCUCCCUUUCAUUACAUAUCUGGAGAACAAAGGACACCGAUAUCCGUGUUUUUUCAACACGUUACACGUGGGAGGUACUAUUAGAACCUGUCAGAAAUUCCUGAUUCAGUACAACCGGAGACAGCUGUUGAUCCUGUUGCAGAAUUGCACUGAUGAAGGGGAGCGGGAAGCCAUUAGGAAGUCUGUCUCAAGAAGCUGUUUACUGGAGAAAGAGUCUGCGGAAGAGCUUUCAGACAGUGCUGGUGAGGAGGCUGUGGAAAUAGUGGAGUGAGUGGCCCCAUUCUCCAGCCCAUUUGUGGAGCCACCAAACUGAGAGUUGGCAGCAGCAGCACACAGUUCUCCAAACUGACUACCAACCAAAGCACCAUCUACACUCCUGGAACCCUUGUACAGACAUUUUGUAUGUAACUGUUGAGCUGAGUGGGUAGAACAAAUGGUCUUGGCUUCCAGGGCAACAUUGGUAAAUCGCAAAAAGUACUUAUAUAGUUGAUGCUUGGCCAGGUCUGUCCUCUGGCCUUGGAUGUGCUCCCUGUGGUACUAAUGGAUUUUAAAUAUUCCUAGACCCUUACUAUAAGAACUCAUGCAAACCUGGGCGUGGUGGUGCACUCCUUUAGUUCCAGCAGCAGGAGGCAGAGGCAGACAGAUCUGUUUGAGGCCAGCCUGGUCUAUAGAGUGAAUUCCAGAACAGCCAGGAUUACACAUAGAAAGUGUUGGGGGUUGGGGGUGGGGUAGACUCGUGUAAAGCAGAAAUAUCGAUGAAUAACCAACUACACUUGCAUAAUCUAGGUCAAUUUAGUACUGUAUCCUAGGACUACAAACACCAGGAUACCUAGCUGACCAUUGCUCAGGUGACUUGAUAGGAAAUGCUGUGGGAAUAUAAUCCUAGCAUGUGGGGUUUUCUGAAGGAGAAUGACUCACAUAUAUUAAAUACUCUGGUUCCCAGA